UACUUACUGGGUUGUAGACAAACAGAAAACAAUUAAAGUAACUAAAGCCAUUACUUGGGUAGUUUUUCAAUAAACAACGUAUUUACUCACUUGAGUAGUAUUGAUACAGAAAAUUACUCAAGUGCAUUAGCAGUAUUCUUCAGACUAGGAAUUUCCACUGCCCCACUCUACAGCUUUGCCGAAAAGUUAUAAUAAUGUACAUUUGCACAAAUAUGUAGGCUACUUUAAAUUGUAUAUUAAAUGUCACAAAAUAGAUUGCUUUUGAGCCCUUGUAAGUGAUUCGAGCCCUAGUGAAAUAAGCACUGGGUUAGAAGUAUACACUCGUCGAAGGGAACAGUUUAGAAAGCCACUACCCUUCCUAUGGAACCGUGUUCUCUGACUUUUCCCUAAAUGAAGAUGGCGGUGCAGGAAUCAGCUGCUCAACUCUCCAUGGCAUUGAAGGUCCAAGAAUAUCCUACUCUAAAGGUGCCAUACGAAACACUGAACAAGCGGUUCAGAGCAGCACAGAAGAACAUUGACCGUGAGACCAGUCACGUGACCAUGGUGGUGGCAGAGCUGGAGAAAACGUUAAGUGGCUUCCCAGUGGUGGACUCGGUGGUGUCCCUGCUGGACGGGGUGGUGGAGAAGCUGAGUGCACUCAAGAGGAAGGCUGCUGAGUCGAUCCAGGCUGAGGAUGAGAGUGCCAAACUAUGCAAGCGACGCAUCGAGCACCUGAAGGAGCACAGCAGCGACCAGCCUGCAGCCGCCAACGUGUGGAAGAGGAAGCGAAUGGAUCGCAUGAUGGUGGAGCACCUGCUGCGUUGCGGCUACUACAACACUGCUGUUAAGCUGGCCCGACAGAGUGGCAUCGAGGACCUGGUCAACAUUGAGAUGUUCCUUACUGCCAAGGAGGUUGAGGAGUCACUGGAGCGCCAGGAAACGGCCACGUGCCUGGCAUGGUGCCAUGACAACAAAUCCCGCCUCCGUAAAAUGAAGAGCUGCCUUGAGUUCAGCCUGCGGAUUCAGGAGUUCAUCGAGCUCAUUCGUCAAAACAAGCGUAUGGAUGCUGUCAGACACGCACGGAAGCACUUCAGUCAAGCAGAGGGUGGGCAGCUGGAUGAAGUGCGGCAGGUGAUGGGCAUGCUGGCAUUCCCCUCCGACACACACAUCUCCCCAUAUAAGGAUCUCUUAGAUCCAGCACGCUGGAAGAUGUUGAUCCAGCAGUUCCGCUACGACAACUACAGACUCCACCAGCUGGGGAACAACUCUGUGUUCACAAUUACACUCCAGGCUGGCUUGUCUGCCAUUAAGACUCCGCAGUGCUAUAAGGAAGAUGGGACCUCCAAAAACCCAGACUGCCCUGUGUGCAGUAAGUCCCUGAACAAGCUGGCCCAGCCCUUACCAAUGGCUCACUGUGCCAACUCCCGGCUUGUCUGCAAGAUUUCAGGGGAGGUGAUGAAUGAGAACAAUCCUCCUAUGAUGCUGCCCAAUGGUUACGUGUAUGGAUAUAACAAAGUUCAUAGCACAGAUGGGACAGUGAAGUAACAGAAAACCUCACAGGAUAGAAAGAAGUUUGCCUGCACCAAGAAAACAUACUUGAUUCAGUUUCAGGCUCCACAAAGGCGGUUGUUAAACUUCAAAAUUACCUACACGCACAAACAUAUGCAUGCACACCUAACCGCACGUGAACACACACACACAUAAUGUUCUGUUCUUCUGUUUUUUAGUCUCUCCUGUCCAUUCGCCAAGAUGACAAGGUGAUCUGCCCAAGAACCAAAGAGGUGUUCAGCUUCUCCCAGGCUGAGAAAGUGUACAUAAUGUGAGCCGUGUGGCAGCAGGAUGCCCUGGGGCAUUUGUGAGAGACUCAGUCCUGUCCAGCCAGAGAGUGUGAUGGCUGGCAAUGGUAGAAAGGCCUGGAUGCAGGGAGCUGCACUCAGUAGGCCAAAGAGCCAAAAUGGUGGCCAUGAGAUGGUUGCAUCCAUCUCCUGCCCCUGAAACAGUCCCAAUCCCCCUUCGUUUGGAGAGUCAGCAAUAACGGUAAACAUGGAAUACAAGAAGUUCAGAGGACUUUGGACAGGAUUAUGGUGAUUCCUGCAGUUAUUAAAAGGACUUUGUCUUUAGUUGUGACAUUUACUCAACUAGUUUCAUUACAGUAGCGUGGCACAUAUAAACAGGGCUCGGUAUCAUAACUCAAAGUGCUUCUGACUUUUCUAAACCUACAAGCAGGCAAGACUACAGGCUCGUCUUAAUGGUGUCGAACAACAGCACUUUUAUUUUUAUUUUUUAUAAUAUAUAGUGAGUAAAAUGUAGUGACAUUUGAUUAAUUUUUUUAAUUUUAUUCUUUUAUUUUAAUUUUUUUACCAUGUAUAUAUAGGGUAACCCUUUGGCUGGGAAUAAUGGCGCAUGUUUUCAGUAUCUACAGCACCAUCUCCCACUUCUGCUGUCUUUAAGGGGGCUGGCUGCUGCUGAACUACUCAGAAAUCUUUAGCAUUUGAAUUGUAGAAAGGCUCUUUAGAGACUACUUAUGCAUGUUUAUAUUAGUAGGCUAGGAGAUUGCUAUUGUACAAUUGCUGAUAAAGGUUGUUUAAUAAAAACAAUUUGAAAUCCA